GACCGUGGGCUCCUCGAUGUCAACGGGGGGUUUCAAGGAUCCCGAUUUGGAACUUGACCCUCCGCUGGUUCACUGUUGACCGUCUGUGCCACGCUUUGCUUCUUCCAACUCGGAACAAUCCACUGAUCAGAUGUUUACUAAAAGCCCUCAAGAAAUCGAGCAAGAACUACGAGCUGGACGCGAUUUGAUAGCAUCACUUCAAAUCAAAUCUGAACCGCCAGCAUCACCGCUCCAGCCGUCGAAAGUAUGGAAACAAUCGGCGGCGACUCGUCUUGCCUUCAUUAAAGCCUUCAAAGAGGCCAUACCGCUGAUCGAAAACGGUCCGGAAGGUCAAGCAUGGCAAGAGUUACUGCUUCGCUUAGGAGGCCAGGCCCAUGACUAUCGGGUCGAGCGAUCACUUGUCCCCCGAUUGCGUCAACACCUCGUCGAAAUCUCCGAUGUUUUCGUCCCCGCCCGAUUACAGCAAGUGCUGUCUUCCGAGAACCCAGCCUCGCAGGUCGGUUUGAUGAAACUCGUCGCGACUGAGAUCAACCAACUCAAAUCUAGCGUCACCUCACCGUGCUCGAAUCAAACGUCCAAAAUUUCGACUUAUGCCCUCGACCCCUACUACUUCCCCGAUCUUCCUUGGGAGGUCGAUCAGAUUCGGGACGGGAUUAUCGAGGCAUUCAAGGAGUAUAUCAAGACCUUAAAAGCUAAAGAACCCCCGUCUGGCGACAUGAGGACACCGUCCCUACGCGAGCUAUUGGAAUCUGUUGAUCGGAUGCAUGGGGACUUCGAGGAUCCGCGUAGGGUGCUGAAAGCCAAGUGGAAAUACGUCGCUCGGGAGAUCGAAAUCAUGCACAUGACCGUAGGCAACUGCUUGAAGCCACGGGCGGCCUGUAAAAAUACCAAUCCAAAUGGUCGAGUGGAUGAGCCGAUGGUACAUCCUUGGCCUUCACUAGAAGAGAUGAACAAAGCGGAUAUCCAAACCUUCCAAGCUUAUAUCCCAUUAUUGAAGAUCUGUCGACUUCUGUUGGUCAAAUUAUGCAAAACUCCAGCCAGCGAUCAGCUCUUGAUUUACAAGAUGAGUUUGGCCGACUUGAAGGAGUUCUACAACAAGACCGAGGGACUAGAGGAAGAUCUCCGAAAGUUCACGACGAUGAUCUUGGAGCGACUGACCUCUAGAGCAAUCCUCCAAUUAGACGCCUUCCUCGUGUGGUUCAAUUACAUCAUCAAGACCGUCGAAACCCAUCUGGCCACUCUGGAUUCUCCUGCCGAUCGAGCGCAUGUCAGAAAGUCUCGUGAAUGGUGUCUGAUGUGGAAGAUUCAAUACCAAAUCGCUAUUCGGAAUUUCGCCCCUAAACGAAAACAAUGAAGUUCAUGAUCCUGUUGAUGAGUCGGACUAAGUAUGAUAAUGAUGAUGAUUCGAGUGAGGAAAAGGAGGAGGAGAAUAAGUAAGAGUGAAGAAGUGGAGUGGGAUUAUCAAUGAUUGUCCUGGGAUUGAUGAGUAUGGGUACUAUUACUAAAAUGUAAAUAUGCUGCAAGUACCCUAGCAAAAAGCUACUUUUCCUAUCAACAAGACACGUUUGGUUUCUCUUUGUUUUGUGUUGUAUUGUUUUUUCUCACUUGACAGACCGGCAUUUUUUUGUUUCUCUUUUCAAAUGAUCAACAAUCUUAACGUGUUUGAGAACCAAACAAACCUUA